AAGAACUAAGUGUCAUGUCUCUCUCCCUCAUCUGCUUUAUAUUAUUAAGUAUUUAUGAUCUCUGCAACCUGCAGCCUGCGAAGUUGUUGUUCUAUCUCUCCCCUAAUUUAAAGAACAUGCCACAAAAAAAGAAGUUCAGAGGCGUCCGGCAGCGUCAGUGGGGCUCUUGGGUUUCUGAAAUUCGCCACCCUUUACUAAAGAAAAGGGUAUGGCUAGGGACAUUUGAGACGGCAGAAGCAGCAGCAAAGGCAUAUGACCAAGCAGCCAUAUUAAUGAGUGGUCAAAAUGCCAAAACCAAUUUCCCUGUAACCAAAAAUUCCGGCGUCGCCAUCAAGGCAAAAGCUCGGAACAAUGAAGCCGACAAUGAGAACCAGUCGCCAUUAUCGGAGAAAGCUCUGUCGGAGUUACUAAACGAGAAGCUGAAGAAAACUUGCAAGGACGGCCGAUCUCCGUCACUCACUUGUCUGAGACUCGACACAGAUAGUUCCCACAUCGGCGUGUGGCAGAAACGCGCAGGGUCUCCUUCGAAUUCCAACUGGGUGAUGAGAGUGGAGCUGGGAAACAAGAAAAAGAAGCAGUUACAGACGGGGAGGAAGGAUGAUCAGGAGGAGGAGGAGCUUGAUGGAGGUUCGUUAAUGGCGAUGGAAACGACGUCGUCACACGGUGAUGGAAUUGAAGAUGAUAGACUUGCACUGCAGAUGAUAGAGGAACUGCUAAACUGGAACUGUCCGAUCACAACAGCUUCAACUUCAGCUAAUAAUAUUGCUGGGAUUUAGAAAAAUAGCCAAAAAAUAUAUAUAUAUAUAAUUUUAAAAGAAAAUAAACUCAUUGCUUUCCUAAAUAUUCCGUAUAUGUAUACUUGGCUUUCAAAAAAUACGUAUACGUACUUAUAUAAUAUUAUAUACGCAUACGUGUGCGGUUCAGUCUCCGAUAUGGUUGCUUUUGUGGAAAUUGUAGAAAAAGAGAUGAAGCAGAAACUGAAAGCACCACCGGAGUUGGACCCAUAUAUAUAUAUAUAUGGCGAAAAGUCAAAAUUAG